ACGAGCCCGGCCUGGCCUCUUUCGGUCCUUGAGGCGACUGUAGUCUGUAGGCCGUCCCUGGUAGGUUUGGUCUCUUGCUUUUCGGAGAAUAAACUUGCGAUUCACGAGGAAGAAAUCUAUGAAUUCCACAAGUGCUCACAAUCGCGGGAAGCGACCGGCGUCAAUAGCGGAAAGUUUUGACUCUUAGUGUAAAAAUGGUAGAAUCGGUUGCUCGGAUUUUGAGAGAUGGGGUGCUGGAGGGAGAGUACGCACCCGCGCUGAUUAUCAAGGACUCGUUGAGCAUGCAAUCGGGUCUUCAUGUUUUCGAUCAUUUCCUUUGCAACCUUUGCUCUAACAUCUCCUCUAGCAGGUCCCAAGCGCGGGGUUUGGUGGUCGUCACGUUUGCAAGAAAGCCUGCAUUUUAUUUUGACUUGUUAAAGAGACGAGGAGUCGACACUACACACUCGGAAAGAUGGUUACAGAUUCUAGAUUGCUAUUCAGAUCCUCUUGGCUGGAAGGACAAACUCUUGAGUCACACUCAAGAGCAUGUUAAGGACCAUAAAAACGUGGCUGUUUUUAAGGAUGUCACCAACACAAAUAAGUUGAUCUUUUCUAUUCUCGAUCUUGGGAAAGAAAUCAUUGGACAAGAGAAAGGUCGAUUCUCAGUAGCAAUUGAUCUGGUUACUGAAUUGAUCAGGCACACAUCUCUGCAAUUAAUAUGUAGCCUUAUAAACAAUUUUCGCAGCCAUGAUCAACUUUCAUCUCUUCUAUGGUCAAUACAUUCAGACCUGCAUGAGCCUAGGACUGUUGCAGCGCUUGACUAUCUGUGUAGUAUGACUUUGUAUCUGGAUUCAAUGGUUCACCAACCCACAGAUGUUUAUAGAAGCAAUGAGAACUUGUCUAGAUUGGAACAAAAUUCCAACAGGGGCAGAUUACAUCUACGGCUGAAACGUAGAAAUGGGAGAGUCAAAAUUCUAUCCGAGGAAUUUUUGGUGGAAAAUGGCGGAGUCAAGUUUGUACCAGUUUCUUCUGGGAAUGCUAUUAGCAAUGAAAGCUGUUUACCAAAGGUCCAGUUUAAUCUCCAGCUUACAGAGAAGGAAAGAACCGAUAGGGCAAAAGUUGUGCUUCCUUUCGAGCACCAAGGGAACGGUGAACAUAUAGAGAUAUAUGAUGGGCGAAGAUCACUUGCAAGGUUUCAGAAAAAUAACGUGCUGAGUUCUCUAACUGAUGACACUGUUUCUGCUGUUAGCAAAGUAAACUUAGGAAUGGAUGAUGAUGGCAAAGGUCAGAUACACUAUGUACGUGAUUCGGAUGAUGAGAAAUUUGAUUCUGAUGAGGAUCCAGAUGAUGAUUUGGACAUAUAGUCCUUUUUCCUUCAGUUUGAGAACAACCAUCGCAUGGUUUGAGGCUGAGAACCUGCAAUCAUGGCAGGCUUACUACCCCCUCGUCCGGUCAAUUUAAUACUUUUGUGUUCCUUGUUUCUCUGACAAAUGUUUUAUGCUUCAUAUCCUAGAGAUAAAUGACGGUCUCUACCCAACAACAGGAACAAGGUGUUUUUUUUUUGUUGCUUUGGAGAUGUAGUUGUAGUGGAUUCUUUAAUGGCCUUUUGUCAUUGUUGUCCUGGCGAUAUGGUCCACUUUUGGAUGAGUUAACAGCCGAGUGCCUUGAUAGGCAGCCUUUUUUGUCUGCACUUGUUAAUGGCAAAGCAACAAUGCCUUUUCUCUUCUGUGCCUUCAUCCCUUGUACUCUAAAAUACUUUCUGGGUGUUUGGCAAUGUAAAUUCAGACUUCAGCUGGUUUUCUUUCUUUAAA